AUGCCUGCGCAGCGGGCGCUGCUUCUGGCCUUCCUGUUGUCCUGGCUCCCGCUCCUGGAAGGCGCCAAAAUCCUGACUAUCACCUUGUUGGGGGGAAGCCAUAAUCUGCUGAUGGACCGGGUGUCUCAGAUUCUUCAAGAUCAUGGGCAUGAUGUGACCUAUCUUCAACUUAGUGAACCUCAUUUCUCAUCAGGUUUUAAAAGGGAAGAAAAAUACCAAGUUGUCCGUUGGUCUCCUCCUGAAGACUAUAAACAGGAAUUCAAGAAAUACAUUGAUUUCUUUUUAAAGGAAUCUUUCCUGGGAAGAAACUCGUUUACCAGCUUUUUGAAGUUGAUAAAGCUACUUGCAACUCAGUGUGGUCAUCUGUUGAGAAGGACAGACAUCAUAGGCCCCUUAAAAAACGAGAGUUUCGACCUGCUGGUGGUUGAUGGCACAGAUAGUUGUGCUUUCCUGAUCGCUGAGAAACUCGGAAGGCUGCUGGUGGCCGUCCUUCCUCUCACCUUCGGAGCCAAGGGUUUUGGGCUGCCUGAGCCUGUGUCUUAUGUUCCAGUGUUUGACUCCCUGCUGACAGACCACAUGGAUUUCUGGGGCCGCGUGACAAACUUUCUGCUGCUCUUCAUUUCUGCCUGGAGGGAAUGGUGCGUCAGUGCCCAGUUCGACGACACAAUAAGAGAACAUUUUCCAGAAGACUCUAGGCCAGUGUUGUCUCAUCUUCGACAAAAAGCAGAACUGUGGUUUGUUAAUUCUGACUUUGCCUUUGACUUUGCCCGACCCCUGCUUCCUAACACUGUCUAUAUCGGAGGUUUAAUGAGCAAACCUGUUGAACCAAUACCUCCAGAAUUUGAGAAGUUCAUUGCCCGGUUUGGAGAUGCGGGUUUUGUCCUAGUGGCCCUGGGCUCCUCUGUGGACAUUAUUCCAUCCCAGGUUCUUAAGGAGAUGAACAGAGCUUUUGGUCAACUGCCUCAAGGGGUGAUAUGGAAGUGUAGUCCUUCUCAGUGGCCCAAAGACGUCACACUGGCAGCAAAUGUGAAAAUUGUGGACUGGCUUCCUCAGAAUGACCUCCUGGCUCACCCCAGCAUCCGCCUGUUUGUCACUCACGGAGGGCUGAAUAGUGUGAUGGAGUCUAUCCAGCAUGGCGUGCCCAUGGUGGCCAUCCCUCUCUUCAUAGACCAGCCUGGGAAUGUAAUACGAGUAGUAGCCAAAAAUCUGGGUGUUUCCAUCCUGGUAGAGAAGCUCACAGCGGAGACCCUGGCUCUUAAAAUGAAACACGUCAUCGGAGACAAGCGGUACAAAUCGGCAGCGGUGGCCGCCAGCAUCAUCAGGCGCUCCCACCCCCUGACCCCCGCCCAGCGGCUGGUGGGCUGGAUCGACCACAUCCUCCAGACAGGGGGCGCGGCGCACCUCAAACCCCACGCCUUCCAGCAGCCGUGGUACGAGCAGUACCUGCUGGACGUCCUCUUGUUCCUGCUGGUGCUCACCCUGGGCACCGCGUGGCUCUGUGGGAAGCUGCUGCGGCUGGCGGCCAGGUGGCUGUGUGGGGCCGGGAAGCUGAAGAGGGCCUGA